UGCAUUUCAUGUGCGAGGCCCUUUAGUCCGACAGCUGGGGUCACAGAGGUUAUCUUUUUAAUCUUGAAAUUCAGAUGGUGAAUAUACAGUGGAAUUACAAGUGCGGACGUGUUUUCCGUUUCUGAAUAUUUUUUGAAGCCGCCGAUUGCAUCACAAUCGGCAAUCGUUUUUGUGAUACACUUUUUGAUUUUCUCAUACACAAGUAGCCUUUAAAGUCGUGGGAGACGCGGGCGAAAGAGGAUCUGAAAAUAGACAAUGUUUCGACUAACGCGGAGGACGCGUGUGAAGAAACCCGCUCUGGAUGCUGAGUUCUUCGAUGUUUAUAAAAAUACUAAUGGUCGUCGUCGUCAUGGAACCAAUUGAGCUGUCAACUGACUUAAAUGAACUGAAAGAUAAAGAGUAUUAUCGUACAAAAGUGAAGGGCAAAUUUUUAUAUGAAAAGGAAUUUUUGAUAGGACCUAGAAGCCUUAUUCUCAAUGGCGAAGCCAUUAACGAAAAAGAAGGUGGAAUAUUUUCUCCUAAAGCAGGCUCAGGAUAUUACGUAAUUACGCCUUUCAGAUUGGAGGAUCGUGAGUAAUUACACAAAUGUUUUUACUAACAGCUAAUUGUGAAAAGAAAUUUUGAAAGAAUAGAUUGUAAUAUUUUUAUAUUUUCUGAUUUAUUAAAGAAUUAAUUUAGGAUUAUGAAAUAUAAAAAAUAUAAAUGUGUAAUCAUAAUAAAAAAAUUUUUUAUGACAAU